AGUACUGCCAACAUGAGAAUGUAAUCGUGUUAUUAGAGGUAUGAUUGGUUUAGUAUCACUCGAAGUGAGGUAAUUUUUUUAGAUAGAAGAGUUAUACUUUACAGUCGGGACUACAGCAGUAUUAGAACGUUGCUAAAAGCUGUAUUUUUUGAAACCCGUGCAAGGAGCGGCUAUUAAAUGACAUCUGUUUUGAAAGAAGGAACAUUUGAUUAUAGAUUACGUGCCGUAUUCUUCAGGGUAAGUUCGGUCCUCAACAGGGAUGUUAAACAGUUUGGAAAGAAACAUCUCUUUGAUGAUGAUGAAGAAACUUGCUGGAAUUCUGAUCAGGGAUCACCACAGUGGAUUGACCUUAAUCUGCAUAAGAAACAAACCAUAAAUACGUUCCACAUUCAGUUUCAAGGUGGUUUUGUUGGUCGUGACUGUCAUCUAGAAGCUGGAUUUGAAGACGGAUCACUGGAAAUAGUGGAACAUUUUUAUCCCGAAGAUAUAAAUUCUUUGCAGAUAUUCAAACUGAAAAAACCUAUUUCCGCUAAACAUCUAAGGUUUGUUUUUAAAGGAAGCACAGACUUCUUUGGUAGAAUAGUUAUCUAUAAGUUGGAAAUCCUAAGUACAACGUGAUAAUGUAUUAAAAAUAUGUAUUCUGUAAUCUCAACAUUUAAAUACUGUGAAAUAUAUUAAAUGUCCUUACA